AUGGAAUCUCACAAACAGGUUUAUUGUCAACAUUUCAUUCAGAGAUCGGAGGUAAGUUUAACCGACUUGGUGAGUUGCGUGCAACAGUUGGAACCUCAAAUCCGUGCAUGUUACUCUGAGAAGAUCGAUCUCACAGUGGAUGAAUUGGUGAAGGUGAUAUUCAUAGACUGUUGUUUCCUAAUUGAGCUUUUCCUCGGAGAUGUGUGGAUGAGAAAUGAUGUCAUCCGUUCAAAAUCUUGGAUGGAAACUUGGGUAAUGCAAGAUUUGAUAUUACUUGAGAAUCAGGUUCCUUUGUUUGUUUUUGAAAAGAUAUACAAACUAGCUUUUGCUUCACGCUUAAAUAAUGGUGCUGAAUUCCCUUCAUUUAUGAGGCUUGCUUUUGGUAUAUUUAAAAUUCACAACCACCAAGGAGUGUCACCACCUUCGGAUGGUAGAACUAUAGCACACUUCACUGAUCUGGUUAGAUACUUGCACUUGCCACCAUCUCAUAGAAUACCUUCAAGGAACCAUGUACCAUUAGUUAUUGGUCACAGUGCAUCUGAGUUAGUUGAAGCAGGAGUCAAGUUCACAGUAAAUAAACCAUGGCACGGCAUUGGCAUACUAGACUUGGAAUUUAAACAUGGUAUUCUUAAAAUCCCGCAUAUUGUAGUAGAUGAUUUCACUGAAGUUUGGUUGAGGAACAUUGUGGCUUUGGAGCAGUGCCACUAUCCUAAUGACCACUACGUUAGCUUCCUUACUCGACUUGUCAACAGAGACAAGGAUGCGGAUGUCCUCAUCAAAGCUGGAAUAAUUCGGAGUACGAUAAGUGGUAAUGACACUUCAGUGGCUAAGCUAAUCAACGAUGUUGAUAAAAAUCUUUCAGUGUCAAAUGUCAAUGCUAAUUAUCUCAAAAUUUGUGAUGAUUUGAAAGCUUACUACAAGCAUCCUUGCCACACUAAAAUGGCAACUCUCAGACGCGAUUAUUUUACCACUCCAUGGAAGACAGCAGCUUCCAUCGAUGGAAUUGGAUUACUCCUUCUUACUUUUGUUCAGACUAUAUGUUCUAUUCUCCAAGUUUAA